AUGUAUGACAAUGAAGUAAUUAAUCUUGAUCAAUAUACUCAUAUCAUGCAAUUAUUAGAUUUAGAUUCAAAAAUAGUACCAGUAAAUCUUGAUAUUGAAACUUUAAAUAAAAAUCUAUUCGAUCGUUUUAGAGUUGUUGGUCGUUCGAAACAAUUCAAUUUCAUCGGAACAAUAUUUACUAUACCUAGCGUACUUCUUGUUACAAUUCAAGUUUAG